AUGACGGAGGAAGACUUCCCACCACGAGAUGACUUCAAUGAUGCUGACCAACUGAGAGUAGGCAAUGAUGGCAUCUUCAUGUUAGCAUUUUUCAUGGCAUUCCUGUUUAAUUGGAUUGGCUUUUGUUUGUCAUUCUGCCUCACCAAUACCAUAGCAGGCCGUUAUGGUGCAAUUUGUGGGUUUGGAUUGUCUCUGAUAAAAUGGAUCCUGAUUGUACGGUUUUCUGAUUAUUUCAACGGUCAUUUCAACGGUCAGUAUUGGCUCUGGUGGAUAUUCCUUGUUCUCGGUAAGCUACUUUUUUUCAAUAAUCAAUUUGCUUUUAACUGA